AUGGCGAUCAGCCUUGCCAGUGGUCAACAGCCGGUGGAUGACCAACAGCCGCAGUUUCACCCAGGACCGCCAAACCACUGGAUGAAUGAUCCGAAUGGGCCGAUGUACUACAAAGGCUACUAUCAUCUCUUCUUCCAGUACAACCCUCUUGGGCCAAGCUGGGGACACAUGAGCUGGGGACACAUUGUCAGCAAAGGAUCAGCCACGAUUCGUGACGAUGGCACACCCAUUAUUGUCUACACGUGCGUUGGCCACGGUCAACUGCAGUGUAUAGCACUGCCGAACGACACCUCCGAUCCCACACUCGUUGCCUGGCAUAAGCCGCCGCAGAAUCCGGUCAUUUCCAAGGCACCGCCAGGUGGCACUACGGGACAGUUUCGCGAUGACACCACCGCUUGGAAAGGGACGGACGGAUCGUGGAGAAUGGUUGUGGGAGCUAGCAUCAAUGGCACCGGAUCAGCAUCGUUGUGGAAGACGACCGACUUCUACAACUGGACAUUUGCUGGUGUGCUGUCAGAUGCCAGUAAGGAAACACUGGAACUGUGUCCGGACUUCUUCAACGCCAUCAACGACCCGAAGGGUCGCUGGAUCUUGAAGUACUCGGCCGGUGGUGACUGGUAUCGUAUUGGUAGCUAUGAUGCGGAACAUGAUAAGUUUGCACCAGAAACCGCUCCAGCGCGAUACGACUACGGACAGUUCUACGCUUCUAAGAGGUUUUACGAUCCGGUGAAGAAGAGACAAAUCCUUUACGGCUGGUCAAGUGAAGAGGACAAGGAUGCUGCAAAGCGUGGCUGGCAGGGCCACCAAACACUGCCCCGAUCCCUAGUGAUUGAUGAGGAGCUCGACCAGCUUCUCCUGAAUCCGGUAGAGGAACUGGAGCUACUGCGCAAAUCACACACCGGUAUCACCACAAUCAAGGAGAUUGCACCAGGUGUUCAGCUCCUACCAAAUGUGAAGGGCCUGCAACUGGAGAUCAUCCUCGUUGUCAAGAUUCCGACGGGCAGGACAUCUGUCGGGGUGGCGGUGCGUGCCUCCGAGGACUUGAAAACGAUGACGUCAAUUCUCGUCGGCGAGGAGAACCUCCACGGUCCCCUUAACAACACCGACCUGCCGGGAGACGACUUUAAGAACUUCAACUAUCCGAUGGGCAGUGCAGACGAGACGAACAUGGAGAACUGCUCAGCUGCUUGCGAUGCUCUGAAGGAGUGUGUUGCCUGGACAUACGUGAGGGCCGGCGAUCCUCACAACCCUCGCUGUGCGCUGAAGAACGUCCUGCCAAACGUUGUGCCUCGAUCGUGUUGCAUAUCCGGGACGAAGAACAACUCUGCUGUCAGCUCUCUCAUGGUGAAUCGUACGAUGACUGGUGGCACGGGCAAUCUUGGCCUGCGGAGUGGCCCACUACCAAUGAAGCCUUCAGACAAAGAACUGACACUGCGAGUGUUUGUCGACCACUCGAUGGUGGAAGCCAUUGCACAGAGCGGCCGUUCCUGUGUAACGGCUCAUGUCUACCCAGAUGCGAGCAACGACAUGGUUGGCUUGGUGAACUUUGGAGAUGGUCCUGUUGAGGUUGUGUCUCUGGAUGUGUAUGAGAUGGAUUCGUGCUGGGUACAGUGACCAGUUUUAGGAGUUGCUUGAUAGCAACAACAGUAUCGUGAUACGUCUCUAUGCGUUGUUGGAUGCGAGGAUCAGCGUACCACCAAGCUGGCUUGCUCCAAACAAUGCAUGGUGUGUUCACUUGCUGCUGUAACUGAUGCCCAGGUUUUGCUAUUUUCCUUUUCACGCACAAAUUCUUUCUCCAUGCAGGCAAUUCUUUUGUUUGCGGAUGAGCGUGCCCUUUGCGUGCAUUGCCUAUGCACUCGUUGAGGUGAAAUGAAACUACAUGUAGCUUCAACGAAAGCUCCGCUGA